CAUCAGAUCUAGCUGGAUAAUUUAGAGAGAGAAAAUGGAGGAGAUUGAACACAGAAACUUGAAGAUAAAUGGCAUAAACAUGCACAUAGCAGAAAAGGGAAAAGGUCCGACGAUCCUAUUCCUCCACGGCUUCCCUGAUCUAUGGUACUCAUGGCGCCAUCAGAUCCUCUACUUCGCCGACAAUGGUUACCGCGCCGUCGCCCCAGACCUACGCGGCUUUGGUCAAACAACCGGAGCCCCAACUCAGGACCCAUCCAAAUUCAGCGUCAUGCAUCUGGUCGGCGACAUCGUUUCGCUCCUCGACGCCAUCGCGCCGGACGAGGAAAAGGUGUUCGUCGUGGGCCAUGACUGGGGAGCAUUCAUCGGGUGGUACUUGUGUCUCUUCAGACCCGAUAGAGUCAAGGCCUUCGUAUCCCUUAGUGUCCAUUAUCUCAAACGGAACCCGGAUCCUGCUAUGAACUUCACGGAUCUUUUCCGGGCCAUCUACGGCGAUCACCACUACAUUUGGAGAUUUCAGGAACCUGGUGACAUUGAAGCUGAGUUUGCAAAGGUUGGUUUUAAACAAGUGAUGAAGAAGUUCCUAACAUUUCGCGAUCCAGCCCCCUUUUUCUUCCCUAAAACCGAUAAUUUCAUUGACUCGUACCACACCCCGAUUGCCUUACCCCACUGGUUGUCCGAGGAAGAUCUCGACUAUUAUGUUUCCAAUUACGAGAAAACUGGAUUCACUGGAGGCAUAAACUACUAUCGUGCUUUCAAGUUAGAUUGGGAACUGUUGGCGCCAUGGGAAGGUGCUAAAGUGAAUGUGCCGGUGAAAUUUGUGGUUGGGGACCUUGAUCUGGUCUAUCACAUACCACUAGUGAAGGAGUAUGUACACGGUGGUGGGUUCAAGAAAGACGUGCCAUUGUUGAACGAUGAGAUUGUGGUGAUGGAGGAUGUUGCCCAUUUUAUAAACCAAGAGAAACCUCAAGACGUCAAUUACCACAUCUACAACUUCAUUAAAAGUUAUAAUUGACUCCACAAAUCAUUUCUUUCUACAAUGUCUCCUCCUCGUUUAUGCACCUUACAGUACUUCGUCUCGUACGUGUUUGGG